UCUGAAGAGACAUCCUCUUGAAGUAACGAGUGAACAGCACCUCAUGGGAGACGGAGUCAGUGGAACACCGACAACAACCUGCUGUCGCUCCUCCUCUCCUCGCAACCGGCUCUCACCCCCCUCCUCCUCCAUCCUCUCUCCCUCUCUCAUUUGAUCCCAUCCCUCACUCCCUGCACCAGAGAGGGAGAGCGUGUACUGAGAGAAGAGCCUGGGAGCAAUCCGAGACGUAGGAACUAAAAGACGAGGAGCGCGGGAAUCCAUGAUGGUGCUGUCUUGGUGUCUUGGUGCAGCUUUGGCACUGGCAUGUGGCUCUUUGUGGCCCCAGGUGCACUCAGCUGUGGCACCUGAGAAUGAGGUGCCACUGCGCCCAACUACAUGGUUACCGGAAGGGAAGAUCACCUCUGUAACCCUACCAAAGGGACGAACUCGCAGGUUAUACUUCACGCUGAAGAAGAAGGCGCCGGGGAUGUCGGUGACUGUCAGUCCAUGUGACCUUCCCAUCGAAUGGACCUUGGCUGCCCGCACCCUCAAGGACAAACCCCUGAAAAACCUGCAGUGGAGUACUAAAAAGAGCAUGCCUGAGGUGUGGUGGCGAGGCCCUGGGACCGAGGAGAAAUUACACAGCUUCAGCGGCAGUGCCGUGGACAGCUACAGUGGCCCUUCCUAUCCCAGUGCGUCCAUCUACAUCCUGAGGCUGCGCUCCAAACAGCAGAACACCAGAGCUACAGUGUACCUCCAUGAAGGCCUGGGACCAUCAGGCGUCUUCCCUUCUCUCCCACCUGACCCACAAGUUCACACAUUGGGUGUAGGCAUGACCAGUGGCACCCUCAGCUGGGUGCCCAGCGCCUCCAUAACGAGCCUCCCACAUACGCAGACCAGUUAUGAAUACUGUGUCCUCGUCAACUCACAGCAAAACUACCCCAGCCUUUGUGCUGCGCAGAAGAGUAUGAGGAAAGAGAAAGACCAGAAACAAAAAGAGAAGAGGAGAGGAAGGAGGAGCGUGACAGUCUGGCCAAUUUUGAAAGAGUGGUGGUGGCAGCAGUGGGACACUUAUCCUGCUCGAAGUCCACCACCUUCCCUCACUGAUGAGUAUGAAGACCUCCAAUGUGUGUGUCAGGGGACAGAGAGUGUUUGCACCGUCUCUGAGCUCCUGCCUGAGACCCAGUAUUACUUUGACGUCUUUGUGGUCAACAGGCUGAAUGGGACCAGCAUGACGUACAAGGGGACAUUUGCCCGGACACAUGAGGAGGCUCGACCUGCGAUUACCACCCUUAGAGAAGGAGAGCUGAAGUGGGUGACCUUCCAGGACAGAGGUUUCAAGUCAGAGCAGUUCUUCAGUUUCCAUCCUCGAGGCUGGCAACAGAGUGGACUCCUCACCUUGCAGAGCUGUGGGGGAGGUGAAAAGGUCAAGGUCACUGUGUCUAGUAAAGGUCAGGUUUUGACCUCUCAGGCUGUCAGGGGAGAAUUAGUGCACAUAUGGCUCCAGGGAAGUCCAUCCUAUCUCAUCCACUUGGAGAGAGAAGGAACUGCCACUAGCCACACCUCUGCUGUUACAGACCCAUCACUACCAGAGGUUCUGACGGCUUCAGUGAAAAUGCAGACCUCAUCAGCUUACCACCGCAGAGGGGUCCCAUCUCUGCCCUCCACCUUGCAGAUAAAAUCCUUCAACCGAUUGCGUGGUUGCAACAGUGUCACCUUAGCCUGGAUGGGCACAGAGGAAAAGCCUUUACUGUGUGUACCGCGAAGAAAGCUUGGAAGCCGUGAAGCAGAAGCUGGGGGAGGAUCAGCUCUAACUGCACCCUGUCUGGGCCCAGAGUCCCUGAUGACCGAGAGAGUUCUCUGCAAGUAUUUCCAAGAGCUGAAUCCCCGGCGGGCCGUCACUACAGCUGUGAUUGGAGGCCUGGAGCCAGGAAAGGCCUAUGUGUUUGAUGUCUAUCUAAUGAGACGCUGGGGGAUCCCUAUCAAGUACGCCAGCAAGAUGGUGAAGACUAGAAAGGAAUGCUGAGCUGCUGCCACCUACAGGAGGUUUUUAUAAACUGUCCCAGUUAAGGGAAAAAGCAUCAGCCACGGGCAUGCUGUAAAGACUGUCCAAGAGAACGAAGCCAUUUGACUGUUGUAGAGAGACUGUUACCAAAACAAGGAAAUAUCCCUCUAGAGGAGCAAUGGUUACAUUUCAAAAGCUCCACUGUACAAGAUCUGCGCAAGUGGAUAGAAAGCAUAUGAGAAGGCUCUGCACACCAGCAAAAGUUCAAAACAUUUACAAUACAGUUCUUGUGCUUUGUCAUUUUUUUUCCAUUGUUGGUCAUAAUAAUAAUGUUGCCAGUUGUCCAAGUGCUUAUUUUGUGUCAGAAUACAAAGGACGGAUGAGGUUUGUGAUGACAAAAGUCAAGACAAAACAACAACAGAGACUGUGCCAAAUAGCAACAGAAGCAGAUGGGGCAAUAAUUAGAUAACAUCUGAGAAGGGUUGGGGGGUUGUAGUAUAUAUCUCCAGUGCUGCAUAUUGUACAGGCUUAUAAACACAGAUGGGUGCAAUCUACAGAUGCUAAGUUCAAAGUCAGUGUGUAUCUUUGUGUUCUGCUUUCGCAUGAAGCAGUGAAAAUACUUAGUGACUUGCCUCAUUGUCUUUGAUGUAUUCUUGUG